AAAGCCCGCCCUGCCUUGGUUCCCUCCCCAUAGUGCCAAAACUAAAUUCGCGCGCGAGAGCAGAACAUCAUUCGCGAGAGGCUGAGGCUGUUUUGUGCGACCGAAGUUAUUUCCCGCUCUCGCUUGCAACGAGGUAAUGCUCUCGAGGAGCUGUUUUCCUCGCUCGGGGAGCAGCGCUCGGAGUGCGCGCGUGCCGAGAUAAUUUGCGCGCUCGCAAUUAAUAUCUACGCGUGUGAUAUGAUAUAAUACGCCCGAAUGCAUGUUUUAUCACAUGAGUGCUUUAUGGCACUAAUGUGUCGCCAUACCUAUCGACUGUUCGAAGAAACAGCAAUACCAUGCUAAAUUUGCGACCAGCACAGAAAAAUAUGCUUUUAUGCUGCACUAGUGGGUUGUCUAUGAAGAAAAAAACAAUAGUAAGAAAAUAAAUUGUCACUGUUACACUUUCAGGUUUUCCUCACCACCUAACAGCUCAGACAUGUUUGCAAAAGCUACUGCAAAAUUUGUAGAGGAAGUGGAUCGAAGUCUGAAACCAGCAUCGAGUUGCAAUAACUCAAUUAAGUUGUUGUCAAUCGUGAUGGAGCAAAAGGGUCGCUGGCUGUUUCAGAAAACCAAAUAUUCUAACACUCCUUUUACCCUUGAUGAAAUGUUACAGGGUGACACCGUGGAACUUCCAGACGUCACAGUGACGGACUGCUCGCAGUACACUGAACGUGGGAGUGCCAAAAACCAGGCAAGCAUCGAGGCUACCUUGCAUCCUGACGUUGCUCAAUUUACCAUGGCACAUGACAGCACUUCAGAGCACAACAAUUCCUUUGGUGUCUUGAAGAAAGAAGAUCUAGAUUUGCAGAAGCUACAUGAAGUUUUCAAAGACAGGCUCAUCGACAUGGAUCACAUCCUGUUCAAGCAGGUUAAAAAAGAGAGAGCUUGGACUGUUUCCGGACUGGUGACGCAGAGGAUUGUGACGACUCAGAUAUCCACAAUUAGUCAGAGUGACCAACAGGCAAACACUAUAGGAGGCAAGAUUGGGCACGUGAUCACUAAGAUUGGCAUAAAUGUGAAUGCAGAGAUAUCCAGAGGAAGAUCUUCAUACCUGACUAUACAACCAAACACGACCAUUGCUUACCAGAAACAAGAACUAAGUGUGCAACCAAACGGAGUCUUUGACCUGAAUACCUUUUUCUUUGGGUAUCCCUGUGACGAACGCAAUAUGUGCAACGAGUCACCGGUGUGCAUGGUGCCGGGCAGCACCUGGCUAACAAAGGAAGUUGCCGAGCUGAGUCCUAACUUUGAACUGCUUUCGGGUCUCAAAGCUUCAGCCAGGGCCUCUCUGCUCCAGCACCUCGUUUCAGCCAUGAAGCAGUGCGGGGGGGUCCAUCUACUGGAGGGGGUGCUAAGCCAGAUGCUUGAUGGCGAACUCCCCUCUGUGGUCCGUGUUGAGGUCGAGGCUCAGAGAGAGGCCCUCCAGGGCAUACUGGAUGUCCUGUCUGACACUGGACUGGAGACCGAGGACCCCAGCAGUCCUCUCGGUGCUUUUCACCUCGUUACCAGUGCCCUGGCUGAAAUGCCGGAUGACGGCCUUGCUGUCCUGGUGUCGAGAUGCACUCCCCCAGAUCCCCAGAUGCUGAGCUCCCUGGAGCUGCUGAUGCAGUGUGUGAUCGAGAAUGGGGAGAUGUCUCUGAGCAGUGAUGACCUCGCUCCCCUGACCGGGGAGACCUUCCAGUUGACAGAGGAGCUCUUCGACUCCUGUGGAGUGGGUCUGCAGAGAGACGGAGACGUGCUGAGGACGGAGCUCAGCGAUUGCUACGAGCCGCAGCCUCUCGUCCUUUGCAUUGCCAUCAAAGGCCUUGCUUCCCUAGCCCGGUGUUAAUUAGGGACAGGAAUCACCAGGAUGCUCACAAUACGAUAUCACAGGGGCUUUCGUAGACCAUUAUUAUAUGGAUUGCGAUUCGUUGUAUUUUUCGAUACAAUGGUGCGAUACACUUUUGGCGAAAUGUUAUCUUUUGUUUCUGGCUUUCUAUUAUUUCUUCAAAAAAAGUUAUUUUAUGUCACCCUGACAAUUGUGGAACAUGAAUUUGAUGUUUUUAUAAAAUUUGUUUUCACAAUGUAGGAUUCAAAUUUCUAUGCCAAAAAAAAAGAGUACUGUGUUGUUUAACCUUAUCAAUCUCAUUGCGUUUAAAUCAUUGAACAACCUUAAUAAAGACAACAAUCAAAUUUGUUAUUUACUGCAUUCCAGCCUUCUCUCCCAUAAAUAAACAUAAAAGUUCUGUGUUUUAAAUCAGCAAAGGUUUAUAUGUUUGCUAGGUAUUUCAUUUAUUUGAUAGAUAUUAUGGCAUUGUAGAUAUUAGGCUGAUAAUUGAUGAUAUUGAUAAAUUCAGGCUCAGGGUUAUACAAUGUGAGUAUUCUCUAGAUUUAUCACUGACUGCCUUCAAUCUUAAACUGCUGAUAUAAGCUUAAACCCUUCUUAAACUAUGGUUCUUAAACCCCUCCUUAUGAAAUAAAUCGGUUUUUACCUCAGAUU